UAAACUGUUUGAAUCAUGGAGGCUGGUAUUAAUAACUGGGUGGACAUUUCUGUCAUUGUGUUGUAUUUUAUUUUCGUCAUUUUUGUUGGAAUCUGGUCCAUUUGGCACAAAGAGCGUUCUACUACAGAUGGUUAUUUUCUGGCAGGGAGGGCUAUGCUAUGGUUCCCAAUGGGUGCAUCGUUGUUCUCCAGCAACAUAGGUAGCGAGCAUUUCAUCGGCUUGGCCGGAAGUGGAGCAGCCAGUGGCAUUGCUGUAGUGGCGUUCGAAUGGGGUUCUGUGCUUUGUCUCCUGCUCCUUGGAUGGGUUUUUCUACCUGUUUAUUUGACUUCCGGUAUAUUUACUAUUCCUGAAUAUCUGAACAGAAGAUUUGGAGGUCGAAGACUCAGAACGUACCUCAGUUUACUGCUACAGUUCCUAAACAUCAUCACAAAAAUAUCGGUGGACGUGUAUGCUGGCUCAGUGUUUGUCCAGCAAGCUCUGGGGUGGAAUACAUAUAUUUCAAUAGCAGCUCUACUUACAGUUACUGCCAUCUACACAGUUAUAGGUGGACUGGCCGCCGUUAUCUUUACAGACACUCUUCAGACCAUCAUCAUGCUCGUCGGCUCAAUUGCAUUAUCUGUUCUUGCGUUUAUGAAGGUUGGUGGAAUCCAAGGACUGAUGAUGAAAUAUUCUGAAGCCAUUCCUCUCAGUCUUACGUCGGAAACCAUACUAACUAACUUCACUAAUGGUAGUUUACCCUACUACGUAAAUCUUUCCGCAUCAACCCAAUCGAAUCUGACUGAAAGCACUUGCGGAAUGCCUCGUUCUGAUGCGUUCCACAUUUUGAGAGAUCCAAUCAAGUCAGAUCUUCCAUGGCCAGGAAUCUUGAUCAGAUCAACGUUUGUCUCUGUAUGGUAUUGGUGUGCUAGUCAGGUCAUUGUUCAGCGGACUUUAGCUGCAAAAAGCAUAGCGCACGCUCGUGCAGCAACAAUUUUGGCAAGCUACUUGAAAUUUCUGCCACUCUUUCUCAUCAUAAUGCCCGGCAUGAUUAGUAGAGUGCUUUAUCCAGAAACGGUUGCGUGCGCAGAUCCCGAGACAUGUCUGAAAGUGUGUGAUAACGCUGCUGGGUGUUCGAACAUCGCAUACCCACAACUUAUUCUUGGAUUAGCACCCACAGGCAUGCGCGGGUUGAUGGUAGCCGUUAUGAUGGCAGCAGUCAUGAGCUCGCUGACGUCCAUUUUUAACAGUGCCUCUACUCUCUUCACUAUGGAUAUUUGGAAACGGAUCAGGAAUCAGUCUACAGAGAGAGAACUUCUUAUUGUGGGGAAGAUUUUUGUUGUACUUUUGGUGGGAGUCAGUAUUCUAUGGAUACCUCUAAUAAAGGCCGCCCAACAGGGACAACUCUUUCUAUACAUACAGGCCCUGACUGGAUACGUAGCACCCCCGAUAUGUUCCCUGUUUUUACUGGCCAUAUUCGUUCCUAGGGUGAACGAACAGGGAGCAUUUUGGGGGUUGGUGAUUGGUCAUAUUGCUGGAUUAACCCGGAUGGUUCUAGAUUUUGUCUACCCUUCCCCGGGAUGUGGUAAGGUAGACGACCGCCCUGGAGUUGUGAAAAACCUCCAUUUUACAUAUUUCUCCGCCAUUCUUCUGGUUCUCGCUGCUGUUGUUAUUAUUUUGGUUAGCUUAGUGACUGAAAGACCAAGCAUGGAAAAGCUCAAAGGACUGACGUUCUGGACAUCUGAACCUAUAAGACCAAAAUCAAAAGAGGACGAGGAUAAACCAGCGAUGGAAAAUGAAACCUUGGAGCUUCAUGCCAAAACUGAACUUGAGUCCUCAGUUACAGUUAGUGAAAAGUUUGAAUCUAAUCCAAGGGCAGACCGGAGUGAUAAUCCGUCAACUGAGACAACCAGAAAAAACAAACUUUACAUGGACAGAAAAACUAAUCUGUUUCUCAACAUUAACGCCUGCAUUCUACUAAUUGUUUUUGUAUUUUUGUAUUGCCUCUUUGGUUAAUUAUUCUUUGACUUGUACUAAUGCUGAAAUACAGAUGUAUACAAUGUACACUUAAUUUCAACACCCGAUAGGUGAA